AUGAGCGACCCGAUCGACCGCAUCGUGAAGGGUGCUCCUCCGCCUGAUGUCAGUGCCGAGCAGGUGGCGGCGAAAGCAAAGGCUUCAUCAUCAUCUUCAUCUAUAACAGCGCCACUUUUGCCGGAUGGAACGAACAGCGACCCCCGGGAUGCGCUACCUUCGAGUCCGCCGCAGAUAUAUCUCAACUUGCUGAUCCUGGAGUCAUCUCUACGACUGCAGUACAUAAGCUUGCGAGCCCGGCUGAAACUACACCUACUGCUGGUUGUGGGACUUGCCGCGUGGAAUCUGCUCUUCACCUACCUACUAUUUUUCCGCCCGCGAGAGGAUGGUAGCGGAGUCGGUGGUAGCGUCUACUGGGUCGUAGAAUCAACUGAGAAGCUAGGGUGGUGCAGUGGAGUGGUCACGCUGUGUCUCUUCUGGGGAACUGGCAUGUACGAACGUGGCGUGCGAUGGCCUAGGAAGUUUGUGUCGACCACAAAUCGUGGUCUGCGAGGCUUCAACUUGAAAGUUGUGGUUGUCAAAGGCUCCGUUCUGUCGGAAGCGGCUGGAUGGCUGGCUAUGCUGGACCAAAUGGGCUGGUUUCGAGAAGAUCGCGUGAACUUCCAGAUUGUUCCCAAAGACAUCGAAUUAGGGGCGCCAAAAGACCACUGGAACGCACAUGCAGAACGGCAUGGUAUGCUGGAGGAAGACAUUGCGCCGGGCGGCGAUGUUUUGCGAGUAUUGUUACUGCCCAAGCCGUUCUCUCCCGACUUCAGAGAAGGAUGGGACACUUUCAGGAUGGAAUAUUGGGAGCGCGAGAAUGCGCGGCGCGCCACUUUACGUUCAGUCGUACGAGCACGGAAGCGCGAGGUAGCUAAGAGAGAUGGAGGGUGGUUGUGGUGGACAGGCUGGCGUGGAUGGCGCAACGUCCGACUCAACAUUUUCUCUGGAAGAAAAUCAAGGCGACAGAUGGAGCUAGAGAAGCUGGCCAUCAAAGACAAGCCUUCGGCGGAGCGCAUCAAAGAAAGAAGGCGCAAAGAAAGCCUUCUGCGCGCCGGGUCACAUUCGCGUCAAUCCUCACAAUCACGAACACCGACACCAGAUCCCGAAGGCGGGCCACAGCGACGACCGCGCCGUGGUAGUAGCACUCACUCGACGGCUGCUGGUACGCGUAGGCCACGGCGACCACCCGUUGACUCCAAGAGCCGGCUGAGCGCCACGGAGACGCUGCUCCACGAGUCGCGCGGACCAACGGCUCUGUCUAAGAGAUCUAGCACGAUUAGCGCUUCCAGCGCUGAAGAUGCAUUUAAAAAGGAAGAAGACACCAGCAGUUCUUCUCCAAUGAAGCAAGAAAACCUAUUCGCAGACGAGAUCAAGCAAGAGCCAGCCGAAGCAUGA